AUGUUACCUCGCACCAUACUACGAUCAUAUUCGGCAAGGGUACCACCAAAGUCUUUGUUAGCAAAACAGUCAAAUCGAUUGAAUAAAAAAAUUCAACCUAAAGAUAGCUCAAAACUAAUAGUAACCUCACUGCGUGACAUUAUAUCUUUAUUUCAAGCCAAUUCGCAAAGCCAGGAAGACGAUGAAAUUGAAUCGAUCAACAACAAGAAUUACAUUAAUCAAUUAAUCGAAUCAGGCGAACUGGAAAGACUUGCGGCCACCAAACUUAGUCUGGAUAAAUCUACAAAUAAGAUUCCUAUUGAAGCAUUGGUAAAUAAAUUUCCAUCGUUCACGAACGAAGAGAUGGAAAUCAUUAAAGAAGCAACUCAUAUUUACAAUUCAAAAGCUUGGUGCGAAUAUCCCACCUACCUCAAACAGCUAAGCUAUUAUUUAUCGUUUGGUUCUUAUGGACCAAGAAAUGAUAUACCAUUUGUUUUGAAUAAGAAACCAAUUGAUUUUACAUUCAAAAAUCGUUCAACUACAAAGAGCGCAAUCGCAAAAAGACUAAACAAAGACCAACUAACAAAUCGAUUUUAUGUAACUGAACAAAGGAAACAUCAUUUCAGCCCGACUACUUUAGAUCCAAUGAGCAAAUUUGUGUUCUUCUCGGCAAUUGGGGUCUCAGCAGUCGUUGGCUGGUAUGAAUGGCAAUUAGAAAAACAAGAUAGUAAAUGA